AGGGAAGGGGGCGAAAUGUCCGUUUCAAGGCUCCCCGCCGGCCGCAGGAGCCCCGUAGCUCCCCGGACCCUCGCGUGCGCGCCCAGGCCGAGCGCGGUCGGCGUAGCGCCGUGCUCCCCGGGCGCGCGCACGCACGCACGCACGCAAGCUCGAGGCCGCGCAGGGCCGGGCCGGCACGGCGGCGGGCGCGCGCACCUCGGGAGGCGGCGGCGGAAGCAGCGAGGGCGGCGGGCGUCCGUCUGCGAGCGCGGCGGCUCCGGGCUGGGCCGGCCAGGGGCGGCUCCGGGCGGCGGCGCGGCCGAGCGCUCGGUCCUGCGUCUCCAGCCCGCGGCCUCCGUCCCGACGCCUGCGCCGCGCACUCGGCGUCCCGGCUCGGACCCCGGCGCCCAGCCCGUGGCCGUAACCUUGAGGCGGCGGCGGGGCCGGGCCGGGCCGGGCUGGGGGGCGGCGGCUCUGGAUCCGAGGCCGGCCGGCCGCUGGCGGGAGAUGUCGAACCCCGGGACGCGCAGGAACGGCUCCAGCAUCAAGAUCCGUCUGACAGUAUUAUGUGCCAAGAACCUUGCGAAGAAGGACUUCUUCAGACUCCCUGACCCCUUUGCCAAGAUUGUAGUGGACGGCUCUGGGCAGUGCCACUCAACUGACACUGUGAAAAACACCUUGGACCCAAAGUGGAACCAGCACUAUGACCUGUAUGUUGGGAAGAGUGACUCCAUAACCAUCAGCGUGUGGAACCACAAGAAGAUCCACAAGAAGCAGGGUGCCGGCUUCCUGGGCUGUGUGCGGCUGCUCUCCAACGCCAUCAGCAGGGUGAAAGACACUGGCUACCAGCGUUUGGAUCUGUGCAAACUAAAUCCCUCAGAUACUGAUGCUGUUCGUGGCCAAAUAGUGGUCAGUUUACAGACCCGAGACAGAAUAGGCAGUGGCGGGUCGGUGGUGGACUGCAGAGGACUACUAGAAAAUGAAGGAACGGUGUAUGAAGACUCGGGCCCCGGAAGGCCACUCAGCUGCCUCAUGGAGGAACCUGCUCCGUACACAGAUGGUACCGGUGCGGCUGCAGGAGGUGGGAACUGCAGGUUUGUGGAGUCUCCCACCCAGGACCAGAGACUCCAGGUCCAGCGUCUCCGAAAUCCUGAGGUCCGAGGGUCCCUCCAGACGCCCCAGAAUCGACCACAUGGCCACCAGUCACCGGAGCUGCCUGAAGGCUAUGAGCAAAGGACGACAGUACAGGGACAAGUUUACUUUUUGCACACGCAGACCGGCGUCAGCACGUGGCACGACCCCAGGAUCCCCAGUCCCUUGGGGACCAUUCCGGGGGGAGAUGAAGCUUUUCUAUACGAAUUCCUUCUACAAGGCCAUACAUCCGAGCCCAGAGACCUUAACAGUGUGAACUGUGAUGAACUUGGGCCGCUGCCUCCAGGCUGGGAAGUCAGAAGUACAGUGUCGGGAAGAAUCUAUUUUGUAGAUCACAAUAAUAGGACAACCCAGUUUACAGACCCACGGCUUCACCACAUCAUGACUCACCAGUGCCAACUCAAGGAGCCCAGCCAGCCACUGCAGUUGCCCAGCGAAGGCUCUGUGGAGGAUGAGGAGCUUCCUGCCCAGAGAUAUGAGAGAGAUUUAGUCCAGAAGCUCAAAGUUCUCAGACAUGAGCUCUCUCUUCAGCAGCCCCAAGCAGGUCAUUGUCGCAUAGAAGUUUCCAGAGAAGAAAUAUUUGAGGAGUCGUAUCGCCAGAUCAUGAAGAUGAGGCCGAAAGACCUGAAGAAGCGCCUGAUGGUGAAGUUCCGAGGGGAAGAAGGUUUGGACUAUGGCGGAGUGGCACGGGAGUGGCUAUAUUUAUUGUGCCAUGAAAUGUUGAAUCCGUAUUAUGGACUCUUCCAGUAUUCCACGGACAAUAUUUACACAUUGCAAAUCAACCCAGAUUCUUCUAUCAACCCUGACCAUCUGUCUUACUUCCACUUUGUGGGUCGCAUCAUGGGUCUGGCUGUGUUCCAUGGACAUUACAUAAACGGGGGCUUCACAGUCCCAUUCUACAAGCAGCUCCUGGGAAAACCCAUCCAGCUGUCGGAUCUGGAGUCAGUGGACCCAGAACUGCACAAGAGCUUGGUGUGGAUUCUAGAGAAUGACAUCACACCAGUGCUGGACCAUACCUUCUGUGUGGAGCACAAUGCUUUCGGGCGGAUCCUUCAGCAUGAACUGAAACCUAAUGGCAGAAAUGUGCCCGUCACUGAAGAGAAUAAGAAGGAAUACGUCCGGUUGUAUGUAAACUGGAGGUUUAUGAGAGGAAUUGAAGCCCAGUUCUUAGCGCUUCAGAAAGGGUUUAAUGAGCUCAUUCCGCAACACUUACUGAAACCGUUUGACCAGAAGGAACUAGAGCUGAUAAUAGGUGGGCUGGAUAAGAUAGACCUGAGCGACUGGAAGUCCAACACGCGGCUGAAGCACUGUGUGGCAGACAGCAACAUCGUCAGGUGGUUCUGGCAGGCGGUGGAGACCUUCGAUGAGGAGAGGAGGGCCAGGCUCCUGCAAUUCGUGACCGGGUCCACACGAGUUCCUCUCCAAGGCUUCAAGGCUCUGCAAGGCUCUACAGGCGCGGCAGGGCCCCGACUGUUCACCAUCCACCUGAUAGACGCCAACACAGACAACCUACCCAAGGCCCAUACCUGCUUUAACCGGAUCGACAUCCCACCCUAUGAGUCCUAUGAGAAGCUCUAUGAGAAGCUGCUGACGGCAGUGGAGGAGACCUGUGGCUUUGCUGUGGAGUGACGGGAAGCCAGAGGUCGCAGAGUCUCGCUCACAACCACCAGACCCAAAGCCUAUGGCGUCUGCACGCCUCCCGCAUGGCGGGCUGAGGCCUGAGAUUCCAGAAACCCGAGGGAAAAGGCUCGUCUCCCUCCUUCUUUGGGGAGGGCAGGCCAAGGGACUUUCAUAGGUGGCUCCCACUCAUUAUCCCUCCUUUAUUAUAGUUCGCCCACCCUUCCAUCGCCCAUCCAAUAAAACGCAGCCAGGUUUCACCCUCAGCCUCCUUGGCAUGGUGGGAAGGCUGUGGUGUCUCUGGAAGCAUCGACCAUGAUCAGGACCAAGCUGGGCCCCUGAGGGUUUGCAUGGUCUCUGCACCAGCUCUUCCCUCUCUGUGUAUCCUCAAGGCCCCUUUUCAAGGUCAGCAGCUGCCGACAGCUUACCAAGCUCAAGUUCCGGGUGUCACAGGCUAGUAGCCUGUUCUAGGUAGCAGGUGGAUUUCUAAGCAGGAAAUAAGCGCACAGUGCAUGCUUGCUGGAAUUCCACUAUGGCAGGAAGCUGGAGGCAAAAUGUGUUUUCCCCAUUGAGGGGUAAAGGAAUUGGAGCAGCCUUUACUGGAGGCCCAGGCUAUCUCUUUUCAGGGUAUCCUGGCUGAAAAAAAGAUGUUUGUGUUUUUUUUUGCACAGGGGGGAAAAAAUCUUUCAAAGUCCAGUUUGCUGUGUUCUCUACCCAGUUUGAAAUUCUCAUAUCAUGGAGCUAAGCAAAGAAUGACCAAAACUAGCCUCAGACCCCUGGGUCCAGCUCUGUUCCUGUGCCUGGGGAUCCGGAGGCUCCUGGCUGUCUUGAAAUGUUAAUGGACUUUAUAUGGGGAUUGCUAAGAGCUAAAUAACAGAACAGUUUUGUCACCACCGCCACUGGAUGGGACAGCAGGAGAGGCUGCUGACCUGGGGUCCCCUGAUGCAGCUCCCCAGGGUUGGUGCUAUGCACAAAGCAGGGUGUGAUGGAGCCUAUGGCAACAGGGUGGGGGCUUUACCUGCCUACAUGGCCCUCCUCCCCAGUGGCAAGGGUGAUGCUAACAGUUCUACUCAACUUGCUUGCUCAUUCUUUGUCUUCUGAUGAGCAAGGCCAAAGCCAGCCUAAUGCUGUGUCUCUAACACCACUUCCAAUUUGCACAAGUGUUCAGAAGCGUUGACUCUCAACUGAGCAACUGUAUUCAGGCAGCUGAACUCUGGUGGAAGGCAGAGCAGCAGCCGGUUUUCCAUGUGUGGUUUUGUUGUUUUUGUCUGUGGUGGGGCCGAGAACAGGGUAAUUCAUUAGCAAGACAUUUCAUUGGUACCGGGGUUCAGGUUCAGCCAUGAGUUCAAGUUGUGUGGGAAGUGAUCAGGAAGGUCCUUUUGGGCCACUGGCUUUUGUGUUCUUUUCAUUGCUUACCCUUGGGGUGGGGAAGUGGCUUCCCCUCUGUUCCUGCUGCUUCUGUCCAGUGUGGCCUGGAAGCAGUUCUGGAUUGACUUGGGGGGGGUGCUGGAGUCACAGGUCCCAUACACACCCUAUCCCAAGAGGUUUGUCCAGCCUGGUGGCCACCAGCACUAUAGAGUGUGAGUUAGACACACUCUGGUUUGCAAGGUUCGGAGGCAGAAAGGCUGCUGAGCCUCACUGCACAAGGACUGAAUCCACCCCACCUCCCAGGCCAGACUGGGGCCUUACUAGUCUCUCAGUUUUCUGCCUUGCCCCAGGAGGGCUUCUGUAUUUCAUCUACCUUAAUGCUUCUGACGGUGUUCUAAACCCCGGCUCCCUCAUGACUCAAGAGUGUUCAAACAGUUCGAGGAAACCUGUGCCCUAAGUCCUAGCCAGUCCAUGAAAAGCAGCCACACCCUCAGAGUGACACUGUCUUUGUGGAGACUGGAAACUUACCUGUUGCUAUCGCGCUGUCCCAGUCUGCAGCGAUGGAGGAAACCAGGGUCCUGUGCUGUGGAGAUGCGCUGCAGGAGUGCGGAAGUCCGUGUUCCUGCUGCGGGAGUGAUAGGGGACGAGCCUUAGGAGUCCCUUGUCAGGUGUCCUCUGAGGAAGAGCCAGAGGGUGGGCCCCCAGGGGCUGACUGGUAGGCACACAUACCACCCACAGUCUUUCUGCUCACAUUGCCUAUGGGCUCCCCCCAUCGCCAGGUCCCCGUGUCCCAGCCUCCCCAGGUGCGUCUGUUCUGCGCAGCACUGUCCUCUGUUGGUACUCCUGCACUUCCUUGUCUGUCUACCAUGGUUGGGCCCUUCUGAAGCUCCUCAGAGGACACUGCGUGGCCAGCCACGGCAAAGCCCCUGGUUGCCCUGUUUUGGUCUGGGUGAAGCCCUUUCCUGUAAGAUCUCGAUUGCCAUCCCUCCUGGUGGCUCCAGGUGGUCACCCAGAUGCUUCAGGAGCCCGGCCCUCCAGGCUCCCCUCACCAGCGGCCAGCAGCCACACUCAGGGAUGCAGCAAACACCACUCUGCUCAGCAGUGCUCCAGAGAGGAAGUGCCGGGCUGCGGCAGUGGGAUGGCAGCGGGUUGCAGUCUCUUGCUUUCUGUUAGGAUCUGCCACAAGAUGGGAUAUUGACCCCUCCACUGGCUUGGCCACAUGGCCAGGUUCAGGUUAGGUGGACCCUGGACUGGCCGGCAGAGAACGUGCCCGCCCUGCUGCAGCAGGCGGAGGGCCACACGGCAGCCUUCUGAGAGUGGAUCUCUGAAAUGUGUUUAUAAUGUGCUCUAACUUAUUUUGUAAGGGCCUGUUUGGAGUGCCGCUGCUACCCUAGUUGCUCUCCCAGUUUUUAUUGCCCGUUUCCUUGUGACCGUUGUACACUAAUGUUCUGUUUUAUGUCAGAAUUGAAAGUAUUUAAAGAAAUUCUAGUUCUAUUUAAUGCCGUUGUGGAACCAGCUAGAAACACAAAAGAUUGACUGUAGAGCAGGCUGGACCCGGGAGGUCAGGUUCAUUUUGUUACAUAUGCAAUAAACUCACAACUUUA